GUGUGGUGUCCGAGUCUCGCGAUAUCACUGUGGUUACGGUAGCCAGGCACGGGCAUGGGGAGUGAAUGACCCAGGCCGGGGGGAUCACUGUGGCCAGGCCCGGGGCAGCGGCGACGGGCCCCGGGCUACGGGCUUAAGCGGCAGCUUCAGGAUAUCGGAGCCUGAGGGGUGAGCGGAGCGGGGAGCCGGCCCCGCGGGUGCCGGGGCCGAAGCGCGGCCCAGCGUGAGGGGCGGGCUGUGGGGCAGCAGCGGCAGGAGGGGGAUGGAGGGAACCAGGCCGCCGCGCCGCCCUCUCGUCCCGGUGUAAAGCCCAAGUGCGCCUGCGCGCUCCCUGGGAGGGCAGAGGCCGCCCCAGACGGCGCUUCUCCAGCAGAGGAUCAGGCAAAAUGGUGAUAUAGUCGUGUUGGUUCCAGGAUAUGAGAGACACGGUGGCUGAGAUAAUAUCUUUUAUGGGACUGAUUUCUGUUGGUGACCAAGACAAGCUUCAAACUUCAGGUCUGGCAAGAAGAGCUCUAGGUCAGUGCUGCGCAUAAUGAAUGGUGAUUAUUAAACUGCCACCGAACAUCAGGGUAUGAAUUUUUCUGACUUAGUGUACCUAGAGUUGAAGAAAAUGGAGGAAAAUGAAAAUUUUCUCGGAGUCCCAUAAAACUGUUUUUGUUGUGGAUCACUGCCCGUAUAUGGCAGAAUCAUGUAGACAACAUGUUGAGUUUGACAUGUUAGUAAAGAAUCGAACCCAAGGAAUCAUACCUCUGGCACCCAUAUCAAAAUCACUGUGGACCUGCUCGGUGGAAUCAUCUAUGGAAUACUGUAGAAUAAUGUAUGAUAUUUUUCCUUUCAAAAAACUGGUGAAUUUCAUUGUGAGUGAUUCCGGGGCUCAUAUCUUAAAUUCCUGGACCCAAGAAGACCAAAAUUUGCAGGAGUUAAUGGCAGCUCUAGCAGCUGUCGGACCACCUAAUCCUCGUGCGGACCCAGAAUGCUGCAGCAUACUGCAUGGUUUGGUUGCAGCAGUAGAAACACUCUGCAAAAUCACAGAAUACCAGCAUGAGGCCCGAACCAUGCUAAUGGAAAAUGCAGAACGUGUUGGAAACAGAGGAAGAAUAAUCUGCAUUACUAAUGCCAAAAGUGACAGCCAUGUUCGAAUGCUUGAAGACUGCGUCCAGGAAACUAUUCAUGAGCAUAACAAGCUUGCAGCUAAUUCAGAUCACCUCAUGCAGAUCCAGAAGUGUGAAUUGGUCUUAAUCCACACCUAUCCAGUUGGUGAAGAUAGCCUUGUUUCAGAUCGCUUUAAAAAAGAGCUUUCUCCAGUCUUAACCAGUGAAGUACAUAGUGUCCGUGCUGGACGGCAUCUGGCUACAAAACUGAACGUUUUAGUACAGCAGCACUUUGAUCUGGCUUCAACCACAAUAACCAAUAUCCCUAUGAAGGAAGAACAACAUGCUAACACAUCUGCCAAUUAUGAUGUGGAGCUUCUUCAUCACAAAGAUGCACAUGUAGACUUUAUAAAAAGUGGUGAUAAUCAUAUAGGUGGCAAUAGCAGAGAGGGUACAUUUAAAGAAACUGUAACAUUAAAAUGGUGCACGCCGCGAACAAACAGUGUUGAAUUGCAUUAUUGCACUGGAGCAUACAGAAUCUCACCUGUAGAUGUAAAUAGCCGACCUUCCUCCUGUCUUACCAACUUUCUUCUCAAUGGCCGUUCUGUUUUGUUGGAACAACCGCGCAAGUCUGGUUCUAAAGUAAUUAGCCACAUGCUUAGUAGCCACGGAGGAGAGAUUUUCCUGCAUGUAUUGAGCAGUUCUCGAUCAAUUCUAGAAGAUCCCCCUUCAAUUAGUGAAGGAUGUGGUGGGAGAGUCACAGACUACAGGAUUACAGAUUUUGGUGAAUUUAUGAGGGAAAACAGAUUAACUCCUUUUCUAGACCCCAGAUAUAAGAUCGAUGGAAGUCUUGAGAUUCCUUUGGAACGAGCAAAAGAUCAGUUAGAGAAACAUACUCGUUACUGGCCUAUGAUUAUUUCGCAAACCACCAUCUUCAACAUGCAAGCUGUAGUGCCAUUAGCCAGUGUUAUUGUGAAAGAAGCUCUGACAGAUGAGGAUGUGCUGAAUUGUCAGAAAACAAUAUACAACUUGGUAGAUAUGGAGAGGAAAAAUGAUCCACUGCCCAUUUCAACAGUUGGUACCAGGGGAAAGGGUCCAAAAAGAGAUGAACAAUACCGGAUUAUGUGGAACGAAUUGGAGACCCUUGUUAGAGCGCAUAUAAAUAACUCGGAUAAACACCAGCGAGUCUUGGAGUGUCUCCUGGCUUGCAGGAGCAAACCUCCUGAAGAAGAAGAGCGCAAGAAACGAGGGAGGAAGAGAGAAGAUAAAGAAGACAAGUCAGAGAAAUCAGGAAAAGAUUAUGAACUGGAAAAACCCUGGCAGGAAUCAGAGAGAUUAAAAGGUCUAUUGGAUCGUGAAAAAGAGGAACUGGCAGAAGCUGAAGUUAUAAAAGAUUCUCCUGAUUCUCCCGAACCACCCAACAAAAAGCCUCUUGUUACAAUGGAUGAAAUACCUCCAGUGGAAAAAACAAAAGGGCCAAUGUCCUUGCUGUCUUUGUGGAGCAAUAGGAUUAAUACAGCCAAUUCUAGGAAACACCAAGAAUUUACUGGUCGUCUGAACUCUGUCAACAAUAAAGCUGAGCUGUAUCAACAUCUUAAAGAGGAAAAUGGAAUGGAAACAACAGAAAAUGGAAAAGCCAGCCGGCAAUGAGUGUUGGUUUUUAAGAACUAUGCUUGGCCAUAUUUCAUGAAUAUUUUAUGCUGUAUUUGAUAUUGGUACCAUUGCAGUAAGAUUGUAUAGAUCUGUUGCUUUGAUUGGUUUUACAUUUUUCUGAUUUUAUCCUUUUUCUAUUAAAUGUAAAAUUUGCAUAUUACAUUCAGUGAAUUGUGUGCAAAUGGGAUUUGUCUUGAAGUAUCUUAUAAUCAUAUUUUAGGAUGAAAGGAUGUUUCUCCUGCUACACACACAAGCAAACCUGUGAAAUGAUACAAUCUGAUUUUUAGGUCUAUUGUUUAAUAUUGAAAAGCACAAUAUUCAAGCAUUUUAAAAAAACUUAUUUGAGCUUUUUUCUGUUGUAUUGAUACGUUUUAGAUCUAUAUGAAACUCCUCAAGAGGCCAUGCUCUAGGAGAAGAGAAAUAUAAAAAUACCUAUUAAGUACAGAUUCUUAAUCUGGAGUUCCUCGUUGAGAGUGUGCAGUUCCAGAUCAACAGUUGGGCAGUGGGGUGAGAAAUGGUUUAAAACCUUCACUAGAGUGUAAAUGAUUGGGGUGAGGUCAUGAAUUUCUUAAACAAGAUGAAUUAUUAAUUUCAUCAAGAGCAUUAUUCAGUUUGAAAGCAAAGCUUUUCUAGUUGCUAUUUAUGCAAGAAUUAACAAAACAAAAAUCCUCACCUUUAACUGGUUACUGGCUGCUACCUUCAACUUGCCAUCAACAGGAGUGUACAAGAAAGAGGCUAUGGGGUGUAAAAUAAAACCCAGUUCAGAGAGCAGGGCCCAAUCGAUUAUUCUUUCUGCGGCCACGCAGCGGAGUUACUCCAACCUUUGCUGAAUUAACUUCCUUUUGCUUGAUGGCAGCUGGUAGAAACAACUGAUUUGGGUAUACUACAGUGCAAGAUGCUGUACCAUGCUCUUACUUUAGGAAGAAGGGUAGCUGGCACAUAGGCUUUUCUUCUAAAUAAGUCAGCAUGUCACAUAGCCAAGUUUCAUCAACUAAGAAAAGUAUGAAGGCCACAGAUGAUGAUGGCUGGAUCAGAACACAAAUAUCAUGUGAGUACUCCUUACUUGCAUUCGUAACUGCUGACCAUUUAGCAGCAUAGAAAUAGAAAUAAAAUAUAGAGCUUCAAGGUGAUUACAUAGCAAGUAUAAUGUAAUGUAAUUACUAAGUAAAUACAUGGUUUAUUUCUUUCUUGAUAUAUGAUGAUUAUUUUUAGAGUCACCUGGUGUAAUUAUUUAAGUAAUCCGUAGGAUCAGUUAAUAAAGAGUACUUGCAUGAUA